UGAGCACCACAGCUCCUCUGGUUUAAGACCAAAAGUCCUUCCUGCAUUCAUUUUACAUAGCUGAUAUAAUUUUUUCUUUGAAAACUAAUCCAGUGGAGUACAGCUGCUUCAGCUCAGGGUUUCCCCUUUGCUGUGAUUGAAGAUGAGGGGGCCACGGUUGUUACCGUUGUGUGUCCUCCUGGGUGUCCUGUAUGUAGGACUCCUCCCCAACCUCCAUGCUCAGGAAGUCUUGGCAAUUGGAAAAAGAGACAUAAUUUUCCUUAUUGACGGUACAAUGGGUGCAACAGUCCUCAUCAGUGUUCGUGAGUUCAUCAGAAGAUUUGUUGACAUCAUGCCGAUUGGUCCAGAUGACGUUCAAGUGGGUGUGGCCAUGUUCACUAAUACCCCUCAAUUAGAGAUGUAUCUUAACACCUAUGGGUCCAAGGAGUCAUUACUGGGAGCUUUGGGCAACAUCAGACCGAAAUCUGGGCAGGUAAUCAACAUCGGAACAGCCUUGGACUUUGUUCGGACCAAUAUGCUGCGAGCUGACAAGGGCAGCCGUUUGCAACAGGGGGUACCCCAGCUUUUACUGCUGAUGACCAGUAAAAAGUCCACUGACAGUGUGGAGGAACCUGCAAAUGCCCUGAGGAGAAUGGGUGUAUUGACAUUGGCUGCAGGUUCCAGACACGCUGAUGAGCAGGAACUGAAGAAUAUCAGCUUUGCUGAGAGCGUUGUGUUUAGGCUGAACGAUUUCCGCAUACUGCCGCGCAACCCUGGGGCAAUCAUUGAUGCCCUCACUACUCUUUCUGGGGUGGCGGCGACGGAAGCACCCACAGAGCCACCUCCAGUGGUGGACAUUGUCUUCCUAGUGGAUGGCUCAAACUACAUUGGGAGUAACUUUCCUUAUGUGAGAGACUUCAUCAUCAAUGUGGUCAACCAGAGUGAUGUAGGUCCAGACAAGGUCCAGAUUGGUCUCUUGCAGUUUGCAGAGCAUCCCAGAAUUGAAUUUUAUCUGAACAGCAACAGCAAAAGACAAGAUGUUGUGGAUAAAUUAAACCAGCUUAGGCUCACUGGGGGCUCGACUUUAAAUACAGGAGCUGCUAUGAAUUAUGCCCUUGCCAACAUGUUCCAGCCAUCAACCGGGUCACGCAGGAGGCAGGGAGUCCAGCAGGUGUUGAUUCUGGUCAUAGCUGGUCCCACAUCAGAUCAAGUUAAAAGUGUAGCUGAUAAAUUGGCUUUGGCUGGUGUUUUGACCUUCACAGUCAGCUCUGGUCAAGCAGAUCCUGCCCUCUUGAGAACCGUGGCCUUUGUCCCAGAGUUGGCCUACCAUAAUGAGACAUUCUCUAAUUUACCAGCUUUUGCUGAAGAAAUCCUGCCAAAGUUGACAAGAAUUGUUAUAGAUAUCUGAUGUGACAGCAGCAGUUUUCCCUGAGGAACUCUGAAAAAAAACAUCAUUGAAUAAACAUGAUUUUAUCAUGUCACUUAUAUUCCACAUAAACAAACCAAGUUAAGUCAGCAUGGAUAUUGGUAGGUCUAAAAUGCUUGUCCGUAGUCAAGUUUACAUGGUUAAAACAUGUUGGCACAGGAUACCACCUUGCUUUAUGGAACAACUAGUCACCAACCACUGAAACAGUUAGUCAACCAGUCGGUCGGCGUGCUGUGGGAUCCCUUGAUGGCUUUGAAGGCUCAGUUUUGUUGUUUUGUGUUUUUUACUGACAGAUGGAAAAAAAAAAAAAAAUUCAAUGUAUUUACAAACUUGUAUGAACUAAGUAAAGACAAUAA